AUGGUUGUCUCUCUUUUAAGAUCAAAGCUGCGCGUAUUCCCUACGUACGGAUCAUGCUUCUCCCAGAUUGUGGCAGCUCAAUCGGAGUUUACACUCCGUGAUCCGAUAUGCAGAUUCGUAAAACAGAGUCUUUCAGUACCUAGUAAUAGCUUAACUAGGUUUACUAAUGUUACUGCGAUGUGCUUAUUGAUGGGACCAAAAUAUGUGCCUUCGAAAGGUUUUCUUUCUGCUGCAAAGAGGUUUUAUCGUAAAAAACCAUACCUUCUUACCCUACCUCCCACUCCCAGGGCUUUGUCUUUGCCGGUAAUAUGGUGGAAACGUUCUCCAAAGUUACUGAUUCUGGGUUCUUGUGCCGUACUGUUUGCUGCUUGCUUUGUGAGGGUGGAGAGGAUACCGUAUUCAAGGAGGCUCCAUAUUGCACUGCGCCCCGAAGUUGCUAAAAAAGUGGAAGAACAUGUGUGGGGAACCGACAUGGAAGAACUCGAAGAUGAACUACUGCCAGCAUCAGAUCCUAUAGCUAUUCGCGUAGAGUCUAUUGGCAGACGGAUAAUUGAAGCUAUGAACAAAGGACUUAUGCUCGACAAACAAUAUAAAAUUAAUGGUCAUGCAUAUGGAUGGGAUAGCUUAGCUAGAGAUUCUUUAUCGGCAAGGAUAGGCAACAUGGCCUUCAAGGAUCAGAUUUUAUGCAAAAGUGCAGUUCAACAUUGUCCAAAGUAUGCUCAAAAAAUUAUUUGUAAAUCCGCUACCGACCAUUUGAACGGAAUGAACUGGGAAAUUUAUGUACAUGACUCUAAAGUUUCUAAUGCUGAGUAUUUCUCCGGUAAGAUCGUUCUUUAUCGAGGGUUACUGGAUGAUCUUAGUUCGGAUGCAGCGAUAGCAACUGUUAUUGGACAUGAAAUUGGCCAUGCUAUAGCUCGACAUAGUGAAGAAGAGAUUAUUUGGAUACUUAUUGCCUGGUUCUUGAUCAUUUUUCUUUCUCUUGCUGCUAAUUUCCCAACAUGCAAAUGGCCAAUGUUUAUGAUACUAAAAUUUAUUUCCCGAAGGUAA